GACCCAAGAAUUGAGAAAGUGAUGGAUGAGUUACACGGCGUUGAUCGUGGAGCUUGUGAACAAAUCUUGGAUGAGAUUUUGUUCCAAGGUGAAAAGCUACACUGGGAUGAUCUUGCUGGGUUGGAAGCUGCAAAGACCUCAUUAAAGGAAACAGUGGUUUAUCCGUUUUUACGACCUGAUCUAUUUAAAGGAUUGAGAGAACCGGUUACCGGUAUGCUGCUCUUUGGCCCACCUGGUACAGGAAAGACAAUGAUUGCAAAGACGGUGGCUAAUGAAUCACAAUCGACCUUUUUCAGUAUAAGUGCAUCGUCGUUACUCUCUAAGUAUCUUGGAGAAUCUGAAAAGCUCAUAAGAGCCUUGUUCUACAUGGCGAAGAGGUUAUCACCUUCGAUUAUCUUCUUUGAUGAAAUAGAUUCGUUAUUAACAGCCAGAGGCGAUGGUGAAAACGAAUCCUCAAGAAGGGUAAAGACUGAGUUUCUCAUUCAAUGGUCCGGCUUGUCUUCUUCCACUGCCAGAGAAGACGGUGACGAUAAACCAAGGGUAUUGGUCCUUGCAGCUACAAAUCUUCCAUGGGCCAUUGAUGAAGCUGCAAGAAGAAGAUUCUCUAGAAGAUUGUACAUCCCAUUACCAGAGUUUGAUACAAGAUUAGCACAGUUACGGAAGCUGUGUCAGUCUCAGAAGAGCUCCUUGUCAGAGACCGAUUUCAUAAUCAUUGCAAAUCAGACAAAGGGUUAUUCCAACUCUGAUAUCACUGCAUUGGCAAAAGAAGCCGCAAUGGAACCAAUUAGAGAUCUGGGGGAAAACCUCAUGAGUAUUGAUUAUUCGCAGAUUCGUGGACUAUGUCUUGAGGAUUUUGAAAAGGCCAUGAGGGUGAUUAGAAGAAGUGUUGCGCCAGAGACACUGAAAAGAUUUGAAGAAUGGGCAGCGAGAUACGGCUCCACUGGAGUUUGA